AUGUCUCUCCCACCAUGGCGAUCGAAUGCCUCAGGGCCCGCUCAGCCAGGCUCAGGAUACGGGGCCUCAAGCGCGGAUGCUGCUGGGGGGGCCCCCUGGAACCAGCAGCCGCAGCAGCAGCACAUGAUGAUGCAGCAGCAGCAGCAAAUUGCACUGCAGCAGCAGCAACUGCAUAUGCAGCAGCAACGCAUGCAGCCGCAGAGACCACAGCCUGAGGACCUGCAGCAGCCGCAGCAGCAGCAGCGCCAGCAGCAGCAGCAGCAGGAGUGGCGGCAGUGGCAGGGCAGCAGUCCAUCGAUAGCUUCGGCUCCCUGGCAUCAGCAGCAGCAGCAGCAACAGAAGCCGCAGCAGCAGCAGCAGCUUCGUGAUGCUGCUCCAUGGAAGCAACCACAUCCUUCGCAGCAGCAGCCAGCAGCAACGGGAGCUCCCUGGCAGCUGCAGCAGCAGCAGCAGCAGCAGCAGCAGCAGCAGGGGGUGGAUUCUUACGGCAGGGGGUUUUCUUCUGGUUAUCGCGACUACAGUGAGAGGCAGCAGCACCAUUCAGAGCAGCCGCCUCACCUGCAGCAGCAGCCCCACCUGCAGCAGCAGCCCCACCUGCAGCAGCAGCAGCAGCAGCAGCAGCAGCAGCAGCUAUAUGAACUGCAGGAGCAGGAGGAUAGGAAGCGGCUAAGGACACCGGGGCCGUGGGAGAGGCGCAGCAACAAAUCAUUUAGAAGUGAAUAUCGUUCUUACUCUGCCGCUGAUUAUGAACAGCAGCAGCAGCAGCAGCCGCAGCAACACAUGCAGCACCAGCAGGUGCAGCCGCAGCAUUACGAUCCCCACCGCCAGCACCCCGGGCUGCAGCACCAACAGCAGCAGCCGCAGCCACAGCAGCAGCAGAUGAUGCAGCAGCACUCGAAUGGUCCUGCUGCUGCACCUUGGCAUAGAAGGGGAGACGCAGGUUAUGAAGGGGGGGCCCCCAGCAGCAACAUGUACGACUACGGCGCUGCUGCUGCUGCAGCGAGCAACAACAGCGCUGCUGCUGGUGCUGCAUACGGUGCGCCCGCUGACAGGUACGGUGUGCAGCAGCAGCAGCAGCAGCGGCAGCAGCGAGACAGCUGGAGCGACAGGCCGCAGCAGGACCGAGGGGGGCCCUGGCAUAGCUAUGAUAGACAGAGAGACAGAGACAGAGACAGAGACAGAAAUAGAGACAGAGACAGAGACAGAAGCAUGAAUUCAACAGCAGCAGAGGGUUUAGGGUUUGCUGGUCGGGGGCCCCCGCUGCAGCAAACUGACCCCCGUAGGCGGCAGCAGCAGCAGGACCGCAGCAACUGGGGAGACGACACCAGGUCUGCUGAGGCUUACUUCGGCAGCAGCAGCAGCAGCAGCAGCAGAAGCAGAAGAGACAGCAGCCGCAGGGACAGAGACAGGCUGCCGGGAGAUGGGGCCCCCGGCCCAGCAGCAGCAGCAGCAGCAGCAGAUACUCCUAGGGAGUGGAGAGAGCGAUGGGGGGGCCCCAGCAGAGGAAGAGACAGAGACAGAGACAGAGACAGAGAUAGAGACAGAGACAGACAGCCCAGCUACAACGAAGAAUCAUACUCCUAUGAUGGUAGGGAGGCGAGAGGCGGGGGCCCCCGCAGCAGCAGCAGCAGCAGCAGCAGCAGGCUGCGGCAGCACAGGGUCCGGGGCGGAGAAGGUGCUGCAGCAGCACAUGAACGAUACAGAAGCGGCAGCAGCGAGAGACAGCUGUCUCCUCACUCCAGCGGAAGCCGAGCUCGAAGGCCUUCUCCAGAGCUGCAGCAGCAGCAGCACCACCACCAGCAGCUGCAGCAGCAGCAGCUGCAUGCACCGCCCCACAGCCGCGGAGGCCCUCCGCCUCGUAGGGGGCCCCCCUUCUAUGCUGGUGAUGGUGGGGGCCCCUCACGAAGCCGAGACGGGUACAGGUCCUCCCUGCAGCAUCAGCAGCAGCAGCAGCAGCAGCAGCAGCAGCAGCAGGUGCAUGGGGGUGGCAUGUUAGGGUUUGUCGAAAGAGACAGAACAGCUGCUCGAGGACAGCAAGGAGAGCAGCAGAUUCAGCCUCAUUGGUUAGGGCCCCCUCCACCUCCUGGUGGGGGGGGCCCCCAGAUGUACUACGGGGGCCCCCGGCAGUGGAAGGGGCCCCCUGGGGGCCCCCCUCAGCACAGGAGGCACGGGAGCAGCGGUGCUGCUGCUGCUGCUGCUGCUGCAGCAGACACGAGAACAGACAACAGGCGGAGGUUUGGGGGGCCCCCGCGAGAGGGGGGGCCCCUCGCUGGAGACAGCAGCUGGAAGGGGGAUGCCCCAUACUAUGCAAAUAAAGCACUCAGUGUUAGAGACAGAAUCGGAGAACUGCGCUCCUCCUCCAGGGGGGGCCCGGGUACAGAGGUGAAGAGCCCGUGGGUUGUUAGCGAUGCGGUGUACGUACACCCGGAGCAGGAGACAGUGCGGAUUGUAGAUCUCUUCCAGCAGUUUGCUGCUGUUAUUAGAGACACUCAAACGAGGCAGCACCGAGAAGAGAGACAGCGGCAGGAGCAGCAGCAGCAGCAAGAGCAGCAAGACCGCAAACAGCAGCAGCAGCUGCAGGAACAGCAACAGGAAAAACCAGAGCAGCCGCAGCAGCACGCGGAGGAGAAGGAGCAGCAGCAGCAGCAGCAGCAGCAAGAUCCGCUGCAGGAAAAGAAGGAGCAGACGGAGCAGCAGCAGCAAGAGAUGCAGCAGGAGCAGCAGCAGGAGAAGACGGAGCAGCAGCAGGAAAAGACGGAGCAGCAGGAAGAUAAGCAGCAGGAGCAGCAGAAGCAGGAGCAUGAGCAGCAGGAGCAGCAGCCGAAGGAGGAGCAGCAACAGGAACAGGAGCAGCAGCAGCAGCAGCAGCAAGAGCAGCAGCAUUCGGUUUCUGCUUCCUUGACUUCUUCGGGAGAUGCGGGUGUAUCUCCAGCAGCAGCAAGACCAUCACCGGCAGCAGCAACAACAGCAAGACCGGCUGCCUCAGGACCCUUAUCAUCAGCAGCAGCAGCAACAGCAGCAGCAGCAGCAGCAGCAGCAGCAGGGCGUGCUGCAGCAGAAGAGAAGCGAUGGAAGAUGCAGCAGAAACCCUCGCCUCCCUUAGAAAGCAGCAGCAGCAGCAGCAGCAGCAACAGCAGCAGCAGCAGCAACAGCAGCAGCAGCAGGGACAGGGACAGACCCCUACCGCUGCUGCUGCGGGAGACACUCCCGCUGCAGCAGCAGCACAAACUUCUACACCAGCAAACGAAGCUGCAUCUCCGGUACCAGCAGAUGCAGCAACAGCAGCAGCAGCACCAGCAGCAACGACACCAGCACCAGCAGCAACAACACCAGCACCAGCAGCAGCAACACCGGCAACAGCAGCAACACCAGCAGCAGCAGCGCCACCAGCAGCAGAGCGGAAGCCGAAGGGAGAGAGAUGCGUACAACUUCAUUUGCUGCUGUGGCCUGAAGGACAACUCCGCAUCUGCGCACGCAGUAGAGUCUAGUGCUUCUUUGUGUUGGAGUGAAGCACUUUGCGGGGCCCUCAGCAGAGACGCUCUUGAGGCCUCUCUGGUGUCUCCUCUGCAGCCAGACGCGCCUGCAGCAGCAGGAGCAGCAGCAGCAGCAGCAGCAGAAGACAUGAAGGGAGUUGCAGCAGCAGUCGAUGCUGCUGGGCUUGUCUUACCUCGUGGGGGGCCGCUGCUGCCUUCUGCUGCUGCUGCUGCUGUAGCUCUGAAUAGCUACUGUCUCCUUACAGGGAACAAGCACUUAUACUUCAGCUUGCCUCCGGCUGCUCUGCAGCAGCUCGCCGUGCAAGAAGCAACUGCUGCUACAGAGGAGGAUGCAGCUGCAGCAGCAGCAGCAACAGAUGCAGCAGCAGGUGCAGCAGCAGAUGGAUCAGCAGCAGAAACAGCAACAGGAGACGCGGGCGGCGCAGCAGCAGCAGAGGGUCGUGCGGACGCCGCAGAGACAAACGACAACAGCAGCAGCAGCAGCAGCAGCAGCAGCAGCGCCAACGACAAUGGGACCGAAGAAGCUGCAACAACACCUGCAGCAGCAACAGCUGCAGCAGCAGCAAGCAGCGAGGGGGUCCAUCAUGAGGGCGAAGCAGAAACGGCUGUGAAUUAUCAGAUUUUGCCUUCAGAGGGAGAGGAGACGAGUUGGUUUCCUUGGGGUCUCUUCCUCUCCAUUGCUGCGAAGAUGUCAGGGGCUUUUGCUUCGGAUGCAGUGGACAAGGCCCUCAAGGACCUUCUACAGAAACAAACAGCACGGGGUAUAUAUCCAGCGGAGUGGUUAAGCUACGAAGGUUUUAACUUUCCGAGUCAGUUUACCCUGACCGCUGCACCAGCAGCAACAGCAGCAGCAGCAGGCGAUGCGGAACCUGCUGCUGCAGCAGCAGCAGCAGCAAGUGCUGCUGCUGCUAAGGAGACAGAAGGAAUGGUUGCUGCCGGCCAUUUGCUGCGGGUGCUGCACCUCCCUAACAUCCUCACGGGGCAUCUCCUCUCGCAGCUCGACGCCUUCCUCGCCUCGUUCGCUAAGGCACACUGGGGCAGCGCUGCUGCUGCUGCACUGCAGCAGGAGAUGUGCGGCUGGCAGCUGUUUGAAUUCCCUGAGACUGCGAGGGCCAGAGGAGACGGUUGGCUUUUGCUUCCCAGGUGUAUGGACGCCGCAGCAGUUUUGAGGGCCUUAAGCUCUGCUGCUAUUGGCGCUCAACGCAGCAGCAACAGCAGCAGCAACAGCAGCAAUGCUGCAGCUUCAGACCCAGAAGCAGCAGCAGCAGACUCCACUACAGAGGAAGUUACUGCAGCAGCAGCUGCAGCAGCAGAAACACACGGAUUGCUGCUACCUGUCACAGCCUCCUGGUCUGCGUGCGUGGCCUCAUCCCACAGCAGCAGCAGCAGCAGCAGCAGCAGCGGGAGCGUUGAGGAGUGUGCUGAGGCCGUGCUGCCUUCCACUUACUUUGGCUUAUACCCGCUGCAGCUAUCUCGCUCUUUGUUGCUGCGCGACUUGAAGUAUAUUUGCUGCUUGGGGAAUCAUUUGCUGCUGCAGCUGCUACACCUGAUUGCUGCAGAAGACGCCCUCAACAGCUGCAGCAGCAGCAGCAGCAAAGGUUGCUGCUGCUGCGAUAGCAGCAGCGUGUCUCAGGGGUCUGAAGGUCCUCGGUGCGCGUGCAGCAGCAGCAGCAGCAGCACGGGAGCAGCAGGAGGUGGAGGGAAGAGGAAGUCAGGUGCUGCAGCAGAUUGGCUGGGUUUGUUGUCUCCUGUGUCUCUGCGUCUGCCGCUACCAUUUGCUGUUUCUUCUGUUGCUGCACUUAGCAGCAGCAGCAGCAGCAGCAACGAGGAGGUUGAGGGGCAGCGGCUGCAUGCACCGCUUGUGUCUCCUAAUCAUUUCUUCGAGACAUUCUUCUUUUCACAGACUGCAGUCUUUGCUCUGCCGCCAAUAGCUUCUUUCUUUUCAAAGAGCAGCAGCAGCAGCAGCAGCAGCAGCAGCAGCAGCAGCAGCAGCACUGACAGCUGCGGGGGGAACGCUGCAGAGCCACAGGCAGCAGCAGCAGCAGCAGCAACCGAAGCAGCAACAGCAGCAGAAAACAGUACAAGGGAGGUCGAAACUGCCUGGAGGCCACACGGGGGAAUGCAGAAGCAGCAGCAGCAGCAGCAGCAGGAGGAGGAGGUGUAUGAAGUCAUUGCGCAGCCAUCUGCUGCAGAUUUGCAUGGAUGUUUGCUAACGCCUGAGCUGCUGCUGCAGCUGCAGCAGCAGCAGCAAUUUAGGUUUGUUCCGUUGUCGGUGUUUCUCUUUACCCCACACCACCGCCGCAGAAGCCACUUCACAGCAGCAGCAGCUCCGCUGCCUGCUCGGAAAACAAGCCAACCGCAGCAGCAGCAGCAGCAGCAGCAGCAGCAGGCACAGCAGCAGCAGCAACAGUGCCAGCAGCAGCAGCAGCAGAUGGACUCAUCGCAGCGGCAUGAGGAGCAGGCGGAUCUGCUGCAGCCAGAGGUGCAGCAGCAGCAGCAGCAGCAGCAGCAGCAGGCACCGGAUAUGCCUCAGGCAGCAGAUAGUGGGGCUGCAUGCGCUGCAGAUAUUACAGGGGCCUCAAGGGAGGCAGAAGACUGUGAAGUGCAGCAGCACAUGGCAGUCGAUGAGCAGCAGCAGCAGCAGCAGCAGCCGCGGGAGGAGCACGAGCAACAGCCGACUCUGAUGCAGCAGGACACCGUGUCUGCAGCGCUGGAUACAUCUCAGCAGCAGCAGCAGCAGCACGACGAGCAGCAGCAGAAGCUGCUGCAUCAUCCGCAGGAACACCAGCACCAGGAAGCGCUGCAGCAGCAAGAGCUGCAGCAGCAGGAGCCGCAGCAGCAGGAGCUGCAGCGACAGGAGAAAGAAGAAAUGGAUCAGCAGCAGCAGCACGAGCUGCCGCAGCAGCAGGUGCAGCAAGAGAAGCAGGAACAGCAUCAGCAAGAGCAGCAACAAGCGCAGCAGCAGGAAGAUGUGCUGUCGCCGCAGCAGCGGGAGACCCUAGCAUCGUUGGAGCAGCUGCUGCAGCAAUCUGCUGCACAGCCAAAUGAAAUUGCUGAUGUUUCUCCUAUUAGCGAGGAUCAGAGAGACUCGCCGGAAGCUUAG